AUGAUGCAAUUCCCACAAUGCGCUACUACCUUGAUCGAAUCGGGCCUGCUUCCCUGCUUCUCUCCCAAAUUAUUCGACCAAGGUGGUUUGCGGGUCUCGGUCUUGGAAGCAUUACCGUUACUAUGCCUCCUGGCUCCUGUACUUGCUCCGAAGCUCUUAAAUGCUUGUGCAGAAAUGAUCUUAUUCGGUAUGCCGGACUCAUCCAGCUACGAGGUUUUAUGCGCAGUCGAGGAGGCAGUUCGUCGUCUCACAUUGGACGGAUUGGAUGCGGCUUGCGUGGAACAUGCAUCCUCUGCUCUGAUCAGUCGAACCAAUUUGAUUCGGGGUGCGACAGCCAACUGA